UUCGCCGGGGCUAUUAAAGGCCUAAACGACUGUGAUGAGUUGACACAACAGGACUUAGCUGCUGUAUGGACUAAAGUGCCCACUCAAAUGGGAGAACAAGAGGUCGUUCUCGCUUCAGCUUACCUCCCAGGCGACAGCUGUGAGAUGCCCACAAGGGAAGUAAUAGCCCUAGAGGAGUACUGCAGAAGGAGAAAGCUGAAACUAGUAAUGAGCUGUGACGCCAAUGCCCAUCACUGUGUUUGGGGUAGCUCGGACACCAAUUCUAGAGGUGAGUCAUUUCUUGAAUUUAUCACUAAGAACAAUUUAUUUAUUCUUAACCGGGGUAAUGAGCCGACCUUUGUCAAUGCUAUAAGAGGGGAGGUUCUAGACUUGACAAUUUCCUCAACUAGCUUGUCGACCUUUAUCUCAAACUGGCAUGUCUCAAAUGAGGUAUCUAUGUCGGACCACCGGCAUAUUCGAUUCGAUAUAGAAGCCCAAAGAGUAACAAACCAUGUUUACAGAAAUCCCAGAAAAACAAACUGGGAACUCUUUCGCCUCCACAUAGAGCGGGAAGUGAAUGGUUCUACGGCACCAAUUUCAUCCGUCUAUGAACUUGAGGACGAGGCGAGAAAGUUCCAAGAUGUUCUUAAACAAGGUUUUGAAGAGAGCUGCCCACUGAGAACCAAGAAGUCUCAAAGGGAUGUCCCUUGGUGGAGCGAUUCUCUCGGAAAACUAAGGAAAAGAGCCAGGAAACUUUUCAAUAGGGCAAAGUCAACAGGUGACUGGACCGCCUACAAGUCAGCCCUAACCGCUUACAACUGUGAGCUCAGAAGGUCUAAAAGGGCUACGUGGCGUGAGCACUGCGGAAGUAUUUCCUCUCUUCGAGAGGUGCAUCGCCUUCAGAAGGCCCUUAAACUAGAUCAUCUGAAAGUCCUAUGCACUUUGAAAAGACCAGAUGGUACCUACACUGGCACCCCGGAAGAAACCAGCAGGCUUCUGCUAGAAACCCACUUCCCGGGAUGUAUUCCACAAGGCACAUGUCUUUCGACAAACACGGCGAACGCUGUGUGCGCAAACAGGAGGACUAGAGGCCUAGCAGGAAGAAUCGUCAGUGUGGAAAAGAUAUCGUGGGCCAUUUCAACCUUUAGUGCAUAUAAAUCCCCUGGUCCAGAUGGUAUCUACCCAUGCCUGCUGCAGCAGAGCUUGGGCUUAAUAUCUGGGCCACUAGUCAGAUUGCUGAGAGCAAGUCUCUUACUUGCUCACAUACCAACAACAUGGAGUGAAGUCAAAGUGGUCUUUAUACCCAAAGUGGGGAAAAACUCGGCACAACUCCCAAAGGCGUAUAGGCCAAUUAGCCUCAGUUCCUUUCUAGUAAAGACACUAGAAAAACUUAUUGACUUUCACAUAAGGGAUAACUUUCUCAGGAAUAAGCCUCUGUGUCAGAGUCAGCACGCAUACCAGGCAGGCAAAUCUACUAUUACUGCAAUACAUAGCCUAACUCAAGUCAUUGAAAAGGCAUUGCGGUAUAAACAGAUAGCUUUGUGUGCAUUCCUGGACAUAUCAGGUGCUUUCGACAAUACGUCUUAG